AUGAAAUUCUUCGAUGUGGCCGUGACAUUCACGGCAGACCAAUUCCAAGGGAUCUACCGCGGAAAGCAAUAUCAUGAACCCGACUUUGCAGAGGUUCUCAAGAGAGCCCGUGAAUAUGGAUGCGAAAAAGUCAUGCUCACUACCAUGACACUCGAAGGUGCGAAACGAAACCUCCAAACAGUGAGGGAGUUCCCCGCAAUGUGCAAAAUGACCCUUGGAGUGCAUCCAUACCACGCUGCGGAAAUAUACGAACAACCAGACUCACAAUAUCUCACCGAGCUCCGUGCACUUGGCGAAAGUCUAUUAGCUGAGGAAUCUUCUCCUCUGGCUGCUUUUGGCGAAAUCGGCCUUGAUUACGAGUAUCUGGAACGUGCAGAUAAGGAAACGCAGCAGCGCGCAUUCCGCGAGCAAUUGGAGCUAGCCGUGCACUUCCAAUUACCGCUUUUCUUGCAUGUGCGCGAAUCAGCUGAAGACUUCAUCUCCAUCAUCAAACCUUUCCUUCUACGACUACCUCGGGGUGGGCUGGUGCAUUCUUUCGCAGGAACGACCGAAGAGAUGCUCCAGCUUGUGGAGUUGGGGCUGGAAAUCAGUGUCAACGGAAUUUCAUUUCGAACAGAUGAGCAGCGGGACAUGGUGAAGCAUAUUCCUUUGGACAAAUUACAACUAGAGACCGAUGCGCCGUGGUGCGAAGUUCUGGGAAAUGAUCCGAAGAUUGCGCCGUAUUUGGAGUCGGCGAAGCCCUUGCCGGCGAGUCGGAAACACAGCAAAUUUAUGUUGGGGCAAAUGGUCAAGACUCGUAAUGAGAGCUGCAAUAUGGAGCGAGUGGGGUUGGUAGUUGCGGGAUUAAAGGGUGUCUCUAUGGAGGAAGUGGUUGAGGCAGCAUGGAUGAAUAGCAAUCGCAUGUUUGGGUAA